AUGACUUAUGAAUAUAACCCGAAGUUAUACAAAGAAUACACAGAAAUAAUAGAAUCUGUUGGAGUAGAUAUACCAAGCGAACUAGAAGAAACAUAUAAAAAAUACAUAGAAGAGCAGAUGAAAGCGUUCCCUUAUGUUGAUGAAUCUGUCUUAAGAAUGUACUCUCUUGUGUUUUUCUUAAAGUAUGUUAAACAGUCUCAGGGGCCGCCAAGUUUAGGAGUGUAUACUCCAAGCUAG